AUGGCUUUAAUUUGUGGACAAAAGUUUGUCUGGGCACAAGAAUUAGUUGCAAACGAGCAAGAGACACGCGAUGCUGCUAUUGCUGAUACAGCAGCAUGGAUUAAACAGCUCCAAGAGCUUCCAGCAAAAGAUGCAGAAACAAUUUGGUAUAUUUUAUGGAAUGCUCUCUGGAUGACAGAUGGACAACUUACACAGCAUGCGUUUUGUGAUAAAAUUGUUGCCAUUUUUGAUGUUCUCUCCGUUGAAAAUUCAAAAGCAUUUUACAGAGCAUAUAUCGAGUGCAUGGUUAAGCAAUGGGAAAGGCUUGACAAGUGGCGGACAGAUAAAUACCUCGUUUUAUGCCGUAAAAUUUUAGAUAAGCUCGUUUCAUUCUGCAAAGAACAUAAAGAUUACGAUUUCUUGUUUGAAAUCAUUCAUCUUGUAUUCGAAAACACAAGAGGAAAUGGUUUCAAGCUCCAUUUAGUUGAUGUUCUUACAGAUUAUCUCCCAGAGUUAGUUCAGAUGGACGCAAAGACGGGAUAUAAGUUCCUUGCACCAUUUGAAGAUGAGUUUCUUAAGAGUACGACUAAUGCUUCCUUAGUUUUAAGAAUUGAUUUUAAGAUUAUUACUCCUCUCAUUGAUUCUGUUGGAGAAGCCUUCUACGGAUCAGAAGAAGAGUUUUGCAUUAAGUUCCUUCGCACACUUCUUUCUCGUUUGAACAAUUCCAUCAAACAUAAGGAUUCUAACCAAAAGAUACACAGCCUCAGAGUUCAGAAGGCUUCAGAGCUUCAAGAACUCCUUGUUGCUGUCAACUUGGAUCGCCAAAACAAAGGAAAACCAGUUCUUAAGCUUGGCGUUAUUGAUGAAGAAGAAAACAAAUAA